AUGGGGAGUGUUGGCACCUACUUGCCUCUCAUUGCCAUGGUCUUGGUGCAACUAGCGCUUGCUGGUGCCAAUGUGUUGGCCAAGCUCACCAUGGCCUCCGGCAUGAGCCCCUAUGUGCUCCUCACUUAUCGAAAUCUUAUCGCUGCCAUCUCCCUUGCUCCUUUUGCAUUCUUCUUCGAAAGAAAAACUUGGGCCUCAAUUAGCAAGAAGACACUCCAGAGCAUUUUCCUAUGCUCCAUUGUUGGUGCAACAAUGCAUCAGGUAUUCUACUUCGUCGGCCUCAAGUACAGCAGCGCGACGGUGGCGUCGGCGCUGAACAACACGCUCCCGGCGGUGACUUUCGUGUUGGCGGCGGCUCUGAACAUGGAGCCUGUGGCAGGGGUCGCGGGGCGGGCCAAGAUGGCCGGCACAGUCCUCUGUGUAGUCGGCUCUAUGGUGAUGACCUUCUACACGGGCCCCGUCGUCAGGACCAUGGACUCCCCGAUCAGCUGGCUAUACGUCCAGCGCACCAUGGCCACCGAGGCGGCGGCCGACGCCGGCGGGCAAGCGGCCAUUCUUGGGGCAGUGCUCGUCAUCGCCUCCACCGGCACAUUGGCCGUUUGGUUUAUCAUCCAGAAGAAGUUGUCCAAGAGCUUCGCGUCUCCGUUCACAAGCACUGCGUUGAUAGCGUUGAUGGCCAGCUUGCAGUGCGCCAUCAUCGGAGUGGCCGCUGAGCCGAGGCUCUCGUCGUGGGCGCUCGGGUUGGACAUUAGGCUCAUUGGCUCUCUCUACGUGGGGCUUGUGGCAUCGGGGAUCGUGAUCACGGUCAUGUCCUGGUGCAUCCAGGUACGUGGGCCGGUGUAUGUGUCCAUGUUCAGCCCCAUCAUGCUCAUCGCCGUCGCCAUCAUGGGAUGGGGCAUCCUCGAUGAGAAGAUAUAUGUCGGAAGCAUAAUUGGUGCCCUACUUAUAGUUGUGGGGUUGUACACGGUGCUCUGGGGCAAGGGGAGGGACCUCGUUGUCAUUCACACUGAAACUUCUACCGACGAGGAGAUGAACAACGCCCUCGAUGAGACGGCAACGCAAACAAGGAGCUUACCGCAUGAAAAAGAGUCUUGCCGCUGCAUGUGCCCCUAUAUGCUUUUCUAGCAACCCUUCACCACUCGACACAAGAAGAUGAGUCACAAGACCAAGGGUCGUCUCCAAUCUGGUUACAGUACUUGAAGAGACUUUUGUGUUCCGAUUAACCGCGUAUUUUACAGUAAAUGAAGAGACUUCUUUUAGUUCUUGAGGCUAUAGGAAAACCCUGGCUCGCUGUGGAUUCUUUUUUCAUUAAUGAUCAAUCAUGGUGAUGUCAGCCUUGUCUAUUUGGACAGUUACAAAAGAUUACACCAGAUCUAAUCUCAAGAAAAAGGUUUAAGAAAGAGUUGGCUAUCGUUAUCCAUAUGGCCAACCGGAGAAGUCUAGGGAAUUUCAAAUAAUGGGAAAAUUGCUCUUAAGCCUUUUAAUUUUAAUUUUCCUGUUUCUCCUAUUGUACACAAUAUGAUAUGAGUCUAUUGUU